AUGUGAGUUACCCGGGCAGCCACAACCCUCUCACUCAAACCCGUCAGUACACCGGCAAGUUCAUCUGUGCUUUCGAGCUCUACGCCUAUCCGUUUGACGUCCAGCUGUGUAGUAUCAACAUCCGACUCCCUCAAGCGUAUGAAGAUUAUGUACAGUUUUCAGACACCCAGAGGAGUGUGCUUUAUGCGGGACCUAAAGAGCUCUCUUCGUAUAUUAUCUACAAUGUGAGGCUCGGGGAGGUUAAGGACGGUGGUUGGUUAACCGUUGAGUUUGAGCUGCACCGUCGUCAGGGAGUGAUCGUGCUGGCCACCUUCCUGCCGUCAGUACUGCUGCUGCUGGUGAGCUGGGCCACACUCUUCAUCAAGCUGGAGGCCCUCAACGUGCGGGCCAUCAUGUCCCUCACCACACUCCUCGUCCUCUACACCCUCUUCUCCAACACCUCGCGCACCCUCCCUGCCACCGCGACUAUCAAACUCAUUGACGUUUGGUUCUUAUUCAUUAUUGUUCUUCUCUUCAUAAACAUUAUGAUACACAUUUUUAUAACGUUGACGACGGACGACACGUGGUUCAGGAGAGUGAGUAAACCCUUAACGGUAGUGGACCCAAUUGUCUCGGAGAACACUCACCCUUCCAGUGUUGCAACGUCCCCCAAAUUCCUGGCAGUAUACAGGAUCAUCAUCUUCCCCACUAUCGUGUUUAUCUUUGGUGUCACCUUCAUUGUUCUCUGCUACAGGCACCAGUGA